GUAUGUAGUGGACCGACAAAGAUUAAAAAAAAAUAGGCAAGGUAUGGGGAACAAUGAAAAUUAGUACAGAAAUAUAUCGCUUAAAAUAAAGUAAUUGAGCGAAAAGGUGAAUUAAUUUAAGAAAGUUCUUGAAGUUUUAACUGCAGAUAGGGCUGAGUUGAUGGAUUCAAUACAUUCUAUUGUCACUAUAUGUGUACAUCAAUUUAGGUAACUAAAUAACAAGGUAGUAAACCUCACUCAAAAAAAAAAUGUGUGUUUUAAUCUUUUUUGAAGUGUUCUACUUUCUCACUGGUUAACUAAAUAACUAUAUUAAAAAAUUAAAAAGUAAUUGUCGAAAAUAUGAAUUACACAAGCUAUGGUUAUGUGAUGACUAUGGUCUGUUUACACCUCUAAAACGCGAUCUAAAUGAUUAAUCUUUAAUAUGAACUGUUUCGUAAUCGAAUAGUUCGACUAUCAACAGUCUGAUGAAUCUAUUACUUGUAUGGAAGUUUUCUUUAUUUUGGUGGUAGUGUUUCUAACGACAUACAGUUUUUUUAUUUUUACCAUUGUCUGUAAAGAUAUUUGUCUCGAUACGAUCAGACAAGAGUUGAGCCUUUAUACAGAAAAAUGUUACUUCAUCUAUUUUGACUCUUCACAAACAUUUAGGAUGCAUAUCUAUAUAUCCAUAUAGAUAUAUAUAUGUAUAUAUAUAUAUGUAUUGAUGUUCUGUAAGAAGACAUGAGUCUAAGUGAUAUUUCGCCAUUCCUCCCUCUUUGCUGUAAGCACUUGAGCAAUGACAACUUAACACAUUGCAAUAUUGUGAAA